AUGAACUGAUGCACUUCUUUAUUGCUGGGGGAAAGGUGGAUCCACGUCUUAAAGAGUCAACACCUCUCAUCACGAGUGUAGCGAGAAUCAGAGGGGCUUGAUCUCUUGCCUACUUGACAGCACUCUUACUCUACGCCUUAUCUGAUGCACUUGUGCCUCUGCCACAUCUGUAAACGACUUGAGAAAUGAAUGGCUACGGAGCACCCUACCUCUACAUGGGGGGCCCGGUGUCCCAGCCGAGAGUGCCCCUCCAGAGAACGCCCAAGUGCGCCCGCUGCAGAAACCACGGGGUGCUCUCCUGGCUGAAAGGGCACAAGCGUUACUGCCGAUUUAAGGACUGCACUUGUGAAAAAUGUAUUCUUAUCAUCGAGAGACAGCGGGUCAUGGCGGCUCAGGUGGCACUGAGACGGCAGCAGGCGAACGAGAGUUUGGAGAGUCUGAUCCCGGAGUCUUUGAGAGCACUGCCGGGUAUCACGGUGGGAAGCGGAGAACAGAGCGCGAAUCCACGACCGAGCGAGAUAGACUUGCGAUGGAGCGCAGAUACUGUCACUCCUAAACCAUCUCAAGAACUAAGCGAUGACUUGUCUGGUGAGCAGUCAGGUGGAGAGAAUGGAGGCAAUACCAGUGACAGGGAACCAGAACCAGUCAGCUCACCUGAAGAGUCCAAACCUAACUUGUGCUGCACCCCUGACACAUCAGACCCAACUACCCAGCCUGAAGAGUCUCGCUUUGGGCUGUCUAAAUCCUGCACCGACCCGGAGUCUAAAGCUGACAACUCCAAAUACUCCACAGAGCCCAGCCUCCUCAUCGAAGGCCUCUCGGGCUCUGUAUCUCUUCCUUUCAGCCUGAGGGCCAAUCGACCGCCGCUAGACGUACUGAAAAAGAUUUUCCCUGCCCACAAACCUGCCGUCCUGGAGCUGAUCCUGAAGGGCUGUGGUGGGGACCUAGUCGGUGCCAUCGAGAUCCUCCUCUCCAGCCGUUCUACAAUGAAACCGGAAAAGAUCCUGUCUGAGAACACUGAUGCUCUUGUUCUUCCCUCAAACGGCCACCUCUUUGAGCAUCCUUUAAGCUCCUACCCGGUCUCCUCUAAGUGGUCUGUUGGUUCGGCCUUCCGUGUUCCAGAUUCCCUGCGCUUUUCCUCAGAGUCCCCAGGUGGAGUACCGGGCCCUCUUAGCAUGCCACUUCAGCAUGGCUUCCCCCAGCCACCUCGGUACCCACUCAUGCUGAGGAAUUCGCUAAGCCGGGGCCAAGCCGGGCCCUUCGUGCACAACGACUUGACUCUGUGGAAUACCAUGACAUUACAGCAACAGUAUCAGCUGCGCUCACAGUAUGUCUCCCCAUUCUCUGGCCCUUCAGCCGGAGUAAUACGCAGCUCGCCGCUUCUUACCAGCAGGCCCGCCGAGGAACAUCGUAUCAGCAUCCAGGAGGAGAGCUGCCCUGUCAUUACCAAACAGAGCAUGUAUGCUGCAGAUGAGGAGUACGAUGAAAGAUCUGACUCCUCAGACUCCAGGAUCCUGAAUACCUCCUCUUAACUUCUGCCCAGUCCAGUAGUUUCAUCAGGAGAUCGGAAAAGAGCACUGAACUGGGUUCUCGAGAUGAUGCAAAAGUGACAUUGUAAUGCUAGGAGCCUAAUGAAAAAAAUGUGCAGUACAUUACCUGAGGUAUUUCUACCAGAUUUGUGCCAGCUUAUUCAUGUGGGGAGUAAGAGUAACUUCGUUUUUGGAAAAAGUCAUUAAGGUACUAUUAUUUGACCAACAUGUCUGGAUACAUUAAUAUAUAGUUAAUGAUAAAAUGAUAUCUGUUUCCAUUUUGCAUGAAAUGUACUG